AGAUUCCACUGCAAGCUUUGAGCACUGAAGAAGAAGAAGAAGCAAACGGCACAUUACUACAAGAUAAUAACUUUCUCUGUAAACUCCAUUAAAAAGGCUCUCUUUUCCUCUUCAGAUGGCCCGAAACAGGGAGGGUUUGAUUUUGGUGAUUGAUGUGGGGCCUUCAAUGCAUUCUGUUCUUCCUGAAAUUGAGAAGGUUUGCUCCGUGUUAGUGGGAAAGAAGUUGAUUUACAACAAGUAUGAUGAAGUAGGAGUUAUUUUAUUUGGGACAACAGAGACUGCGAACGAAUUGACAAAAGAAGUGGGUGGAUAUGAACAUGUGACGGUUCUGAGGAGUAUCAAAGUUGUUGAUGAUGACCUUGUUCAGGCUGUAGAACAGAUUCCUCGAGGAAGCGUUGAUGGUGAUUUUCUUGAUGCCGUAAUUGUUGGGAUGGAUAUGAUGAUUAAAAAGUAUGGGUUAACCAACAAAGGAAAGAAGCGCCUUUGCCUCAUCACAAAUGCCACAUGUCCGAUUAAAGAUCCAUACGAAGGAACAAAGGAAGAUCAAGUCAGCACCAUUGCAGCUCAGAUGAAAGCACAUGGCAUGAGAAUGGACUCUGUAAUUGUUAGAAUGAAACAAGAUUUGGAUGCAAAAAAAGGAAUUAUUGGUGAAAAUGAUUUUCUUUUGUCAGUAUUUUCAGAAAAAACUUCCUCAAAAGCAGUAUAUGUUGAAAGUGCAACUUCAUUGUUGGGUGCAAUAAGAACUCGUAAUAUAACUCCUGCCACUUUAUAUAGAGGUGAUUUUGAACUCAGCAACAAAUUGAAGAUCAAGGUAAUGGUCUAUAAGAAAACAGCUGAAGAGAGAUUUCCCACUCUGAAAAUGUAUUCAGAUAAAGCACCUCCAACUGAUAAGUUUGCUAAGCAUGAAAUCACAAUUAAUUAUGAAUAUAAAGUUGUUCAAGAUCCAACAAGAGAAGUGCCACCAGAACAAAGGAUUAAAGGAUACCGAUAUGGACCUCAAGUAGUUCCCAUAUCAUCUGCUGAAUGGGAGGCAGUGAAGUUCAAACCAGAGAAAGGUGUGAAGCUUCUAGGAUUCUCAGAUGCUUCGAAUAUAAUGCGGCACUACUAUAUGAAAGAUGCGAAUGUCUUCAUAGCUGACCCAGAAAAUUCGAAGGCCAUUCUUGCUGUCUCUGCAUUGGCAAGGGCAAUGAAGGAUAUGAACCGAGUAGCAAUUGUCCGCUGCGUAUGGAGACAAGGGCAGGGAAAUGUAACUAUAGGAGUCCUUACUCCUAAUGUGUCUGACAAAGGCAAUGUUCCUGAUUCAUUAUAUUUCAAUGCUCUUCCUUUCGCUGAGGAUGUGCGGGAGUUUCAAUAUCCAUCUUUCAGCAAUCUUCCAUCGUCAAUGCUCCCUACUGAACAGCAACAGGAGGCUGCAGAUAAUCUUGUCAAGAUGCUUGAUCUUGCACCGUCUGAUAGUCAGGAAGUAUUGCUGCCUGAGUUCACGCCUAAUCCUGUAUUACAGCGGUUUUAUCACUAUCUUGAGUUGAAGUCAAAGCACCAUGAUGCUGCUGUCCCUCCACUCGAUGAAAUGCUUAGGAGGAUAACAGAUCCCGAUCCUGAACUUCUUUCUCGAAACAAGACCGUCGUUGAUGAAUUCAGAAGGUGUUUUGAACUGAAAGACAACCCAAAGAUGAAGAAAUCAAGAAGAAGAUUGAUAAGAGAAAAACCAACUGGAUCAGAUGAGGAAGGAGAAGAUUUGGGCAAAACCGCUGAAGCCAAACGGCCCAAACCUAUUGACUUCAUAGAACAUGCAUCUAAAGUUAAACCUGAAAAAAUUGGAAACAUAAAUCCUGUUCAAGAUUUUGAAGACAUGAUAUCUCGCAGAGAUAGCCCAGAGUGGGUUAAUAAGGCUAUUCAGGAAAUGAAGAAUAAGAUCUUUUAUCUAGUGGAGAGCUCUCAUGAAGGGGAUACAUAUCAGAAAGCAUUGGAAUGCUUAGUGGCUCUCCGCAAUGGUUGCAUUGUUGAACAGGAACCAAAACAGUUCAAUGAUUUGCUACAUAAUCUUUAUGCAUCCUGCAAAGAAAAAGAUCUCGGAAGCUUCUGUAAGCAACUCGAAUCUCAUGGAAUCACCUUGAUAACCAAGACAGAAGCCCCCGACAGCGAUAUUUUGGAGAGCGAGGCCAGAAGCUUUAUGACUAGUUCAGAGCUGAAAGCAGAAACUGCUAUGAAGGAGCCCAAAGAGGAGCAAGAUAUCAUGAGUAUAUACUUGGGUGGAAAAUAGGGUCAUCUAUCUAGGAACCUCUCCAUAGGAUUUUUGCUUGUACUCUCUUGGCUCUCAAGAUCUGUAAAGUAGUACUAACUAGUUUUUGGCAAGAACAGUUUUUUGUCUAAAAUUUCCAAGUUUCUUUAACCAGUGGUUCUAUUAAUUCCUUUUGAACCAUUGUUUACUUAAACUUUUCAUUUCACCAGAAAAAUGGAGAAUUUCUGUAGUUAUUAAACACACUAGACAAACAUUGUAUGCACAAUAGCCAAUCAAGUGGAGAUUACUGAUGAAAUGAUGAAAAGAAUCAAUCCCA